AUGUCAAAAGACUACUACGAGUAUGAAGAGUACUCUCGCCGCCGCCGUGAUUUCUCCCCGGAUAACUACUCUGGCGGCACCCCAAACUCUCAACAGCAGGGCCCUCCGCCUCCUGGAGCUCCUCCAUAUGCCUCAACAUCUCGUCUCGAUGACCCCUACUACGGUGGUGCGCCUCCUCCCCAGCGAGAGCGCAUGACUCUUGAGCCUCCUGAGCACCAGAACCGCCCGCGCUCUGUCCCGCCCAACACCGCCAUGGUCCGGCGCAGCCGGUCUCGCUCCCGUGCUCCUUCUGACGAUGAAGAUUACGACGAUAGACGUAGCUCCCGCAACCGUUCCCCGAGCCCCAUCACCCGCGCUCGUAACGUGGUUGAUGAGAACUUCUCUCACUCUGCGUCUGGCAUUGGCGCUGGCCUGCUGGGUGCCGUUGUCGGCGGUCUUGUGGCUCGCGAAGCCACCGAGGCUGCGACACGCCGUAAGCACAAAACACGCGGCUACGAGGAUGACAACGAGGACCGCACUCGUCUUGUCUCUACUAUUCUUGGCGCUGUAGCCGGCGGUCUUGGGGCUAAUGCCCUUGCCAAUCGUGUAGAGGAUUCGAGGGAGCGUGAUCGACGUCGUCAACUCGAAUGGGAGCGUGAGCGCAGCUACGUGCGGGAAGAAGAGAUGCCUCGGUACGAGCGAAGGAGGUCCGGUGAAAGGGAGAGAGAUAGGGAAGACAGUCGUCAGGAUCGUGAGCGCUACGACCGGAGCAGAGCGCUUGCGCAAAAAGAUGAUGAUGAUUAUGACUUUGUUUAUGACGAUCCACGAUAUGAAGAAAGGGAACCUCGGCAACGCAGAAGUGAAGACGGCUAUCGGUAUCGCCAAUAA